AUGGAUUACUCGAGGUUCAUAGCUCUGAAUGCGAUUAUUUUGUUUUCGGCCUCUACUAUCUAUGUUGGGUGUCGACGAUCUUAUUCAAUCUAUUUCUUUGAGCGUGAUACAGAAAUAGUGAUAUUCUUAGAAGAAACUGGCGCACUUAUUAUUCCUUUGGUAUUAUCAGUAAUUGUGGUCAUUUUAUAUUUCGGUGCAAAGCGAAAGGAUGCUGCUGAUGAAAAAGAAUCUCGAGCAUCAGGUACACUGUCUUCAGCAGUGCAGAAAAUUACACCUGCUGAAUUAAUUCCCAUCUCACAGUCGUCCGUUAAAGGCAAUGGUGGAGUAUGUAAUGAAAUGAUGGCAGAGAACGAUGUACGUGAUGGUGUUUCUCUGGACAGUCUCGCUGUCAGGAAACUGGCUUCACCAAAGUCUUCAAUAUUAGAUGAUCAUGAACUAGCGAUGGAACGCAGACGGUCACAGAUAUACAAGGAAAUUGGAAAGAUCUCUGUUUUACCAUUUUCGCUCAAUGGAUUACUUUCGAAAAUGACUCAUUCAUCGACUGAAAACAUUUCAAAGCACUCUCUUAUUGAUAUUGUGGCUCAGUUCAUUAGCAUCUACCUACCAAUUUGGAUCGGUGUUAUUGCUUUGCACAUCACGCUAGUUGAAAUAUUCAGCAACAAAUUAUAUUACUUGUUUUACUACUAUCAUCCUGGAAUGAAACUAAUUGCAAUGAUCAUCUCCAUAUCGUUGGGACUAUACCAUCAAUUUAAAUGGACAUGGUUUAUCAAUAAUAUUUUGGUUAUCACUACAUCUUAUGUUGUGGUUUCUCGUGUUGAAACUGCAAGUUAUUAUGCUGGCUUCCUCUUUUUGUUUGGAAUGGUAUUAUUUGAUUUAUUUUGGACUUGUGCUAUCGAUCUCCUUUCAACUGUGUUGAGACAAGUUCGACCUCCACUUAUGAUUAUUAUUCCAUGGGGAAAUGAAGGCAAAUUCGAAAUGAUUUCAGUUGUCGAUAUAAUCGUACCUGGUAUUUUUUUGAAUGUCAUUUUGAAGUUUUCGGAAAUGUAUGAUGCAGGAGCAUUUUUACCUCCAUUUUACGCUGUUGUCAGUGGUUUAUUGGUCACAUUGAUUAUUCAUGUAUUUCGACGAAAAACAACGCCGGCAAUCGUACUUCCUGGAAUAGCAGCCAUGUUAGUAUCACUUCUUAGCGUUGAUAAUCCAUACGAUCUAUGGCAGUUUGAGAUUAAACAUUGA